UCUCUAGCGGAAUGGAGUUGGAGGGCAGAGUGUUCACCCGGGCUGUCAAUCCUUAGGAGAUGGAGACCGCUUGAUUCUUGGAACGUGGUUUCCGGGUCACAGGAGAGCAACUUCUUCGGCUCUCACUUAGCUGGUCUCAUGGUCUGGCCACCUUAUUUCCCACGAGAAAGUUGGGACUCGUCAAAUACAGGACAACCCGAGUGUUGAGAGGCGGAGGCUCAUGCACCAGCAAAUAAAACGAUUCUCGAGAAGCUGGAAAAGGCACCAGUUAGACUUGAAUGAGUCCAUCUGCUGUGUAUGUACGUAAACCCACCCCCCAACCCCACCCUAUGAUCGAAACAUCAAGAAGAUGGAGACUUUGAAUUAUCUUUUGGUCAAGGACUGGACUCUGCCACUGAAGGUCUAAUGCAAGCACAUUUAUAAGAAACUAUGGAAACCAAUGGGGACAACAACCCAGAUAUGCUUCAUUCAAGAAAGGGAUGAUCCUGACAGCUUCUUUCCUGACAUACCCUAUGCUCUGGACUCUUAGUCUUCAUCUCCAUUCAGCUGUCACAGGCAGCUAUGUCUCUGGUACUUAUUCCAUCGUCUUUGUCAACUGUCCCAAUGAGCAAAUUGCCAGAGAUAUUGCCAGGGCUAUACUGGAGAAGAAGCUGGCUGCCUCUGUGAACAUUCUGCCCAAAACUUCUACACUGCACUUUUGGAAGGGAGAAAUAGAAGAAACCACUGAGAUCCUUUUGCUAAUAAAAACAAAGACUUCCAAGAUCCACAUGCUUUCCAGCUAUAUGAGGUUGAUACAUCCUUUUGAAAUUCCAGAACUCUUUAGUGUUCCCAUGAACCAAGGAGAUCCACACUAUUUAAAGUGGCUAAAGGAGGAGGGUAUGAUUGAGGACUAAACAUCCUGUGGCCUGUUUCUAGCCUUCAUCAGCUGCACUCCAAUUGGAAGGGAAGGCUUCCUUCUGCCUCUGAAUAUCUUGUUUUUGUCAGCACAGAAGAACUAAACAACUUGUGGAAGCUGAAAAAUUUGAAGCUCUUGGGGCUAGGAGCCUUGACCGGUUGGGCUAUAAGCAAGCUAAGCAAGAACCCAGUGGAACUUGUCUCUAUGUGUGCUUCCUGUUUAAAGAUGGCCAAGGGAUGGGAGGGCAAGGAUUGUACUUAGGGACCAAUAGGAAGUGGCAUUUAUAGGAUUUGUCAUUCUCCUGUAGCCACGGGGCCCAAAUGCCUUGGAUAUAACUACUCUCCGGCUUCUCAUGGGGGAGGUGUGAACAUAAUGGCCUGUUCACCUAGAAGUUUAUGGGGUAAACGUUGCUUUUUCGAAGAA